AUGGCAUGUGUGGGUGUAUGUUUGUGCAUUGCUGGUGUGGUGCGCCUCCACUUCUCAGCAUCGCUUUGCCUGCGUGUGUUCGCACGCGCACGCACCCAGUCGGGAGGAAUGCCAGCUCCUGAGCAGAGCCCAGUGACGGAGGAGGGGCUUCUGCUGACCAUCCGCGACAGUUCAACUGGCCGCAACAUGGAGGCUGACAACACCGCCAACAACAUCCUGGCCUCCGUCAAAGAGCAGGAGCUUCAGUUCGAGCGGCUAACCAGGGAGCUGGAAGUGGAGAGGCAGAUUGUGGCCAAUCAGCUGGAAAGAUGCAGACUCGGAGCUGAGUCACCAGGCGCUGGUAGCAGCAGCUCCACCUCUCUGCCUGACUUUCUGCUCUGCCGUGUCUUCUCAGAUGCCUGUGCCUUGGGGGACACAAAGUCUCGGGUGACUGACAGCUCCCAGUCCCCGAGGUACCGCAUCAGGACGGAGUCAGAGCAGGUGUCUCUGUACUCCCCGGAGCAGUCCUCCCUUCAUGAAAGAUCUGGAGGGAAUUCGUGUAGCUCAGCUCAGAUGAACUCGUACUCGGACAGUGGUUACCAGGAUGCCAGCAGCAGCUACCUCAGCAGCCAGAACCUGGGCAAGGCUGAACUAAGGGUGCAGCAUUCCUUCCCCGGUACUGGCACGCUGAUGAGGAAUGCCAGGGCUGAGGGACAGGCUUCAGCCCAGGUCACAACAGCAGUGCCUGGCCGAGCUAUGCGAAGGGUCAGCUCAGUGCCUUCUCGCUCUCACUCGCCAGCCUACGCGAGCAGUAUGUCCCCCUCCCGUGGUUCCCUGCGUACCUCAGUUGGUAGUGCCUACGGCUCCCCCAUUGUUACAGAACCCAAACCCCUCUCCGCCAUCUAUUCUACAACAUUGCCCUCUGCCCAGCGAACCAGUACUACGGGCGGCGGCAGCAGUGGCUCACCCUACAAUACUCAGAAAAACUCCCCCGCUGCGCUGCGUCGCAUGGGCUCCACAAACUCUCGAUCUAGCCGCACCACCUCACCCUACCAGGCCUCAGCAGGGUCACCCUCGGGCCGCAUGGGCUCACCUCUGACGAUGGUCGACAACGUCAACCCUCCGCUGACUAAACAGCCUACUCACACUUCGUCUCCAGUCAGGGCUAGUAUGACUGCCGUGCCCCAGCACUACAGCUCCACUCUGCCCCGCUCCGUGCUCCACAACACCGACCCCUACGGACCCCAGAGUUACGACAUUUACGAGAGAAUGACGCGACCUGACAGCCUCGCAGGAUCUAGCCGCACCACCUCACCCUACCAGGCCUCAGCAGGGUCACCCUCGGGCCGCAUGGGCUCACCUCUGACGAUGGUCGACAACGUCAACCCUCCGCUGACUAAACAGCCUACUCACACUUCGUCUCCAGUCAGGGCUAGUAUGACUGCCGUGCCCCAGCACUACAGCUCCACUCUGCCCCGCUCCGUGCUCCACAACACCGACCCCUACGGACCCCAGAGUUACGACAUUUACGAGAGAAUGACGCGACCUGACAGCCUCGCAGAUGCCCUCGUUGAUGGUGACGUACAAGGAAUACGGAGCUCUUACACCAGUCAGCACAGCCAGCUGGCCCCGGACUUAAGGUCAACCAUCUCCCCAGACCGCCACAUUGCACCAAUCUAUGAGGAUCGGACGUACAAGGGCCCGUUGUAUCGCAGUCCCAGCCACACCCACCAGAGCACGCUCUACAGGAGCACAUCAGGUGUGGGCAGUCUGCAAAGGUCGUCUAGCCAGCGAAGUGCCAUGACCUACCAAAGAAACAAUUAUACUCUUAACACAUCAGCCACCUAUGCUGAUCCCUAUCGCUCAGCACAGUACCGGCCUUCCGAUCCCAAUUACACCCGCCAGGCUGUUGUCGUGGAUGAUGGUGCCGCCCGCUCUCCUUCCAUAGACAGCAUUCAGAAGGAUCCGAGAGAGUUCGCGUGGCGUGACCCAGAGCUAACAGAGGUGAUUCACAUGCUGCAGCACCACUUCCCAUCAGUGCAGGCCAAUGCAGCUGCCUACCUGCAACACCUGUGCUUUGGUGAUAAUCGAGUCAAGAAUGAGGUGUGUCGACUGGGAGGGAUUAAACACCUGGUGGACCUGCUAGACCACAAAGUCCUUGAAGUCCAGAGGAACUCCUGUGGCGCUCUGAGGAACCUCGUGUAUGGCAAAACUAUGGAUGACAACAAGAUCGCUGUUAGGAACGCCGGGGGUAUCCCAGCACUGCUCCGUCUCCUUAGAAAGACUGUGGAUGCGGAAGUGAGGGAGCUUGUGACAGAAAGCCUGAUGUGUGUAAUUGGUAGUGCAGACCCUAGGAACAAGAGUAAUUUGAAAAGGAACCUGAGUUCAGCUGGUGAGGAGGCCAGGAAACAGAUGCGCACUUGUGAGGGCUUGAUUGACUCACUGCUCUAUGUCAUCAAAGCCUGCGUAAACACCUCUGACUUCGACAGCAAGAUUGUGGAGAAUUGUAUUUGCACUCUAAGGAACCUGUCAUAUCGUCUGGAGCUGGAGAUGACAGCACCCAGACUGAUAGAGGGGCAGGAAGUGGAUGGCUUACUGGCCAGAGAAUCUCCCAGUAAAGAGGUGGAUUCCAGCUGUUGGGGCAGAAAGAAAAAGAAGAAGAAAAACAGCCUUCAGGAAGACACAUGGGACGGUGUGGGGCCCAUACCUGGCUUCUCCAAGUCUCCCAAGGGUGCAGAAAUGCUUUGGCAUCCUUCGGUGGUUAAGCCUUACUUGACUCUGUUGGCUGAGAGUUCCAAUCCUGCAACUCUGGAGGGAGCAGCCGGGUCUCUUCAGAACCUGUCAGCUGGCAACUGGAAGUUUGCAGCAUACAUCCGUGCAGCAGUGCGAAAGGAGAAAGGACUGCCCAUCCUGGUGGAGCUGCUUCGGAUGGAUAACGACAGGGUGGUGUGUUCAGUUGCCACUGCUCUGAGAAACAUGGCACUGGAUGUCAGGAACAAGGAGCUCAUAGGGAAGUACGCAAUGAGGGACCUGGUCAACCGUCUCCCUGGGGGGAACACCACCCUGCUGUCGGACGAGACCGUGGCAGCCAUCUGUUGCACCCUGCACGAGGUCACCAGCAAAAACAUGGAGAAUGCAAAGGCUCUCGCUGACACGGGCGGCAUCGAGAAGCUGGUCAACAUAACCAAGGGCAGAGGAGACAGGAGUCAAUUUUCUAAUUACCAAGGAGACAACAGUAUUCAUAAAAAACAGUAUACAGGGUCUGGAAAGCCGUCUCCGUAUUACUACUCAUCACCCACAACAGAGGAGCCCCGAAGAACACAGCCUCUGUAUUAUUCAGAUGAGCUGAGCAGGAGAAACUACGAUACAUACAGAAUGUACCUGCAGCACCCACACGGCUACGACGACUCGUAUUUGGAGGAGGUCAUCACGUACCCUCCCACCUUCAGCUCCCAGCCUCAUGGACUGAAAUCCACCUGUAACUACGUGGACUAUUACGCUACCACACGGACGCCUUCGUUCAGGGCAGAGCAGUACCCCGGCUCUCCAGACUCCUGGGUAUAGGUCUGGAGGUGCUACCGUUUCACCAUCACUUCGGUUUGUGACUGGGGUGCGUCUUCACCCUGCAGCAGAGGCGAGGAACACACAGGAAAUGACAAACUUUUUUUUUUUCACGAACUUGGCUUCAUACAUGUUUGUUUUGUGGAUGUGUGUGUAUGGAGGAGAGUUCAACUGAGUGAUAACAGAUGGAAAGAUGGGAUGUGAGCCAAAGAAGGAAAUUAAGGAAUGUCUUUUUUUUUUUCUAAUUAUUUUUUAUUUAGAUGAGAAAGAUGGAAUCAUGCUGUGAGUCUGUUGAGAGCAGAUAUUGGGACACUACAGUGAGGAGACAUGCGUCCUACUAUGUCUAGAUGUUAGGUUAAUUUUUCUUUUUGAAACUCUUAGCUGUGAUAGCAUGGUGAAAGGUGUGAGUCAUGUAAACGAAGGUCCGCGGUAAGAGUCGAGACUGGAGGAAUAUGUAUGUGCUGAAGCCAAAAUGGAUCAUGAACUCAUAUCUGUUUAAAAAAUGAAUUAAAAAAAAAUAUAAAAUAAAAAAAAUAAUCAAAUGAAAAAUAGUUAACUAAUGAUGUUAGCUUGUACAGAGGGAUCAAAUUAUAUCUGUACUUAAUGUUGAAACUGUGUAAUGCCAUGGAGUCUUGUACAUUUUUUGUUUUAUUGUAAAUACAGAAAAAAAACAUGUUACCUGGUUUACACUCAACAGCACUGGUUGGAAAAAAAACAAAAAGAAACUUGUGCCAUGUUAGGUCUCUAAAGAUAUAUAAAUAUACAAAGAAAUAUGUGGACAAAGAUGGCAUCAUAACACAACAACGACAACGUAAUAAAAGGUCAAGUUUUGUUUUUUAAA